GAUUUGUACUGGGCUCAAAUAUCCAUCAUCAAUAUCUUAGACUUGUUCUUAUAUGAUAUUCUGCCAGCCAAUGAUGAUAUUGAAGCUGAUCUGAUUCACCAGAAAUGGGGAUUUAUCCAGUUGUGCUUCUAUGAGUCAAAGCUCCGAGUGCAAAGUUCUAGCUCCUCAGUAAGAAAGAAUGAAGCGUGGAGGACAGAUGAUGAGGGUCUACUGGACAGAAAGCUAGUAGGAACAAAGGUUGACCUCAUCUUCAUUAAUGGGGCUCAUGAGUAUGGCUGUCUGGAAGUGACAUGCUCCAACGACCAGCACAACACAAAAGCUACCAUUGAAGGGAGACUAAAGCUUCCAAGAACGCUCAAAGACAUGCUGGCAAGUUUGUCAAAGAUGGCGCCAACCAGGACCCAUGACCUUAAGGUCAUUGGCUUCAUCGUAACUGGAAGGAAUCUGACCUUGUACAUUCUGGAUUGCCCCAAUAGUUCAGUAGUGAGAAUUAAAAAAUUUGGCCUAUACGAGUUCCCUUCGUCUGUUGAACAGUUCUCAAAAAUGUUCAUUCCUCUUCUUUCUUUGGUGUGGCAGGCUAAAACUAUCAUGAAAAACACGCUUGCCAUCAUCAAUGACGACGACGACAUUGUUCUACCGACAGACGAUGGCUUAAUUCCAUCACCGAUACCUCCCUGCAUGCCUUCUCCGAAAGCCAGUUCCAAGCGAAAAAUAUAUGAAAUCGAUGCCAAGUAA